UUUAGAUAUCCCUUGAUUCUCUGCCUUGUUCAUCCACCCGCCUCAUCAAUAUCCAAAACAAAAACAAAACUAAAACAGAGAUCCUCCAUGUCGGACAUCGACAUCGGAACCGCAGCAGGAGGAGGAAAAAGAGAGCCGCUCAUCAACCGUGAAAACAAGUUCACGCGUUGUGUCUCACACGCGCAAGACGAGCUCCAGAGUUUCCGGAAAUAUCUGAGAUGGAUGUGCGUGGAUCAGUCGAGUCCUUGGACGGCUGUUCUUUCUUGGUCGAUGUUCAUCGUUUUCACGCUCGUGGUCCCGGCCACGUCUCACUUUGUCAUCGCUUGCGCUGACUGCGACAGCCACCACUCGAGGCCGUAUGAUUCUGUGGUUCAGCUUUCUCUAAGCAGCUUCGCUGCUCUUUCUUUCCUCUGUCUCUCAAGAUUCAUCAGCAAGUAUGGUCUCCGAAGGUUCCUCUUCUUCGAUAAGCUUUGGCAUGAGAGUGAGACAGUUCGCCAAGGCUACACCAACCAGCUCAACAGAUCGCUAAAGAUUCUCUCCUACUUCGUCACUCCUUGUUUCUUAGCUAUGAGCGCAUACAAGAUAUGGUGGUACGCUUCAGGCGCUUCUCGGAUUCCAUUCCUCGGUAACGUUAUCUUGAGUGAUACAGUCGCUUGUCUGAUGGAGAUCUGCUCGUGGCUCUACCGUACUACCGUGAUCUUCCUAGUUUGUGUCCUCUUCCGUCUCAUCUGCCACCUUCAGAUCCUUAGGCUCCAAGACUUUGCUCAGGUCUUUCAGACGGAUUCAGAUGUUGGUACCAUCUUGACUGAACAUCUCCGCAUCAGACGUCACCUGAGAAUCAUCAGCCACCGGUUCCGGACCUUCAUUUUGUUUUCAUUGAUUCUUGUCACUGGAAGUCAGUUUUACUCUCUGCUUAUUACCACUACGUCUCGUGCUGAAUUGAAUAUCGUCAAAGCUGGAGAACUCGCACUAUGUUCAGUGACUCUGGUCACUGCGCUGCUCAUUCUACUAAGAAGUGCCUCAAAGAUCACACACAAGGCUCAGGCGGUGACUUGCCUUGCUGCAAAGUGGCAUGUCUGCGCGACAAUAGAAUCCUUUGAGGCAGUGGAGGGAGGGUCUCCAAGGUUAAAUGAUAAAUCAAGCGGACAAGGGUUCAGUUCAAAAGAUGUUGAUACUGGAGAUACAGAUGACAGUGAGGACUAUGGAGAUGAAGAAGAUGAUUUUGAUAACAAUGAUCUCAUCCCUGCUUAUGCUUAUAGCACCAUAUCAUUCCAAAAACGCCAAGCUCUAGUGAAUUACUUUGAGAACAAUAAAGCAGGAAUCACUGUGUUUGGGUUUACACUUGAUAGAAGUACUCUACAUACAAUAUUUGGGAUUGAAAUGUCGCUUGUUCUUUGGCUUUUGGGUAAGACCAUUGGGAUUUCUUGAAUCAUUCUUUGAUCCCUUGUUGUAUGAUAUUUUUACAUAUGUGUACACAGUGGCUCUUUGUAAAGUAUGACAUUUACUAAUUUUUAUUUUGUAAUUGUAAAUCAUCUUGUUUCAGCCAGUAAAUUAGAUUGGUCUUUAGAAAUUUCUUGCAUUUGUAUCUCUG